CAUCAACAGAACCGGGAGGAAGGGCUCUGACGGGGCUGGCGGUCCCCUGUUCUCCCCGCUCAGGUGCGGCGCUGUGGCAGGAAGCCACCCCCUCGGUCGGCCGGUGCGCGGGGCUGUUGCGCCAUCAGCUCCAGCUUUCGUAACCGCACCCUGGGACUGCCCAGAGACGCUCCAGCGCGAGUUCCUCAAAUGUUUUCCUGUGUUGCCAGGACCGUCCGCCGCUCUGAGUCAUGUGCGAGUGGGAAGUCGCACUGACACUGAGCCGGGCCAGAGGGAGCGGAGCCGAGCGCGGCGCGGGGCUGAGGGACUCGCAGUGUAUGUAGAGCGCCGGGCUCCUGCGAAUGGGGGCUGCCCCCGGAGACUGAGCCAGCCUCCCCGCCCACCGCCCCGCCCCUGCCGCCCGGUUCCCACCAGCCUGUCCGCCUCUGCGGGACCAUGGAGCGGUAGCCGAGGAGGAAGCAUGCUGGCCGUCGGCUGCGCGCUGCUGGCUGCCCUGCUGGCCGCGCCGGGGGCGACGCUGGCCCCAGGGGGCUGCCCUGCGCAAGAGGUGGCGAGAGGUGUGCUGACCAGUCUGCCAGGAGACAGCGUGACUCUGACCUGCCCAGGGGGAGAGCCGGAAGACAAUGCCACUGUUCAUUGGGUUCUCAGGAAGCCAGCUGCAGGCUCGCACCUCAGCAGAUGGGCUGGCGUGGGAAGGAGGCUGCUGCUGAGGUCGGUGCAGCUCCAUGACUCUGGAAACUAUUCAUGCUACCGGGCCGGCCACCCGGCUGGGACUGUGCACUUGCUGGUGGAUGUUCCCCCCGAGGAGCCCCAGCUCUCCUGCUUCCGGAAGAGCCCCCUCAGCAACGUUGUUUGUGAGUGGGGUCCUCGGAGCACCCCAUCUCCGACGACCAAGGCUGUGCUGUUGGUGAGGAAGUUUCAGAACAGUCCGGCCGAAGACUUCCAGGAGCCGUGCCAGUAUUCCCAGGAGUCCCAGAAGUUCUCCUGCCAGUUGGCAGUCCCGGAGGGAGACAGCUCUUUCUACAUAGUGUCCAUGUGCGUCGCCAGUAGUGUCGGGAGCAAGUUCAGCAAAACUCAGACCUUUCAGGGUUGUGGAAUCUUGCAGCCUGAUCCGCCUGCCAACAUCACAGUCACUGCCGUGGCCAGAAACCCCCGCUGGCUCAGUGUCACCUGGCAAGACCCCCAUUCCUGGAACUCAUCUUUCUACAGACUACGGUUUGAGCUCAGAUAUCGAGCUGAACGGUCAAAGACAUUCACAACAUGGAUGGUCAAGGACCUCCAGCAUCACUGUGUCAUCCACGACGCCUGGAGCGGCCUGAGGCAUGUGGUGCAGCUUCGCGCCCAGGAGGAGUUCGGGCAAGGCGAGUGGAGCGAGUGGAGCCCAGAGGCCAUGGGCACGCCUUGGACAGAAUCCAGGAGUCCUCCAGCUGAGAACGAGGUGUCCACCCCCACGCAGGCACCUACUACUAAUAAAGACGACGAUAAUAUUCUCUCCAGAGAUUCUGCAAAUGCGACAAGCCUCCCAGGAACUGCCAUCAAGGAGGUCCCCAAAGUCUUCCAUUUCUUGUACCCUCUUUGUGUCUUAUGGGGGCCGGUAGAAUGCCACCAGAAAAACCACCCUGAAAUGCAAGAUUCUUCUUCGGUACCACUGCCCACAUUCCUGGUUGCUGGAGGGAGCCUGGCGUUCGGAACGCUCCUGUGCAUUGCCAUUGUUCUGAGGUUCAAGAAGACGUGGAAGCUGCGGGCUCUGAAGGAAGGCAAGACAAGCAUGCACCCGCCGUAUUCUUUGGGGCAGCUGGUCCCAGAGAGGCCGCGACCCACCCCAGUGCUUGUUCCUCUCAUCUCCCCACCAGUGUCCCCCAGCAGCCUGGGGUCUGACAACACCUCGAGCCACAACCGACCAGAUGCCAGGGACCCACGGAGCCCUUACGACAUCAGCAACACAGACUACUUCUUCCCCAGAUAGCUGGCCUGGUGGCACUAGCAGGCUGGACCCUGUGGAUGACAGAGCACAAACGGGCUCAGCAAAGGAUGCUUCUUACUGCCAUGCCAGCUUAUCUCAGGGGAGUGGGGCCUUUGGCUUCACGGAAGAGCCUUGCGGAAGGUUCGACACCAGGGGAAAAUCAGCCUGCUCCAGUGUUCAGCUGGUUGAGGUUUCAAACCUCCCUUUCCAAAUGCCUGGCUUAAAGGGGUUAGAGUGAACUUGGGCCACUGUGAAGAGAACCAUGUCAAGACUCUUUGGACACUCAACACGGACACUCAAAAGCUGGGCAGCUUGGUGGGGGCCUCAGUGUGGAGAAGCGGCUGGCAGCCCAUCCCCCAACACCUCUGCAAAAGCUGCACCCUCAGGCAGGGGGGGUGGAUUUCCAGCCAAAGCCUCCCUCAGCUGCCACGCUCCUGGCCCACUGCAUCAUUUCAUCUUCCAGCUCAAACUCCUAAAACCCAAGUGCCUUUGCAAAUUCUGUUUGUCUGAGCCUGGGGACGGCUUUUACUUAAACCGCCAAGGCUGGGGAAAGAAGCUCUCUCCUCCCUUUCUUCCCCACAGUUGAAAAACAGCUGAGGGUGGGUGGGUGAAUAAUACAGUAUCUCAGGGCCUGGUCGUUUUCAACGGAAUUAUAAUUAGUUCCUCAUUAGCAUUUUGCUAAAUGUGAAUGGUAAUCUUAGGCAUUUGUUGAAUACAGAGGCAGCUGCAUUGGCUUUGGGUUGCAGGACCUCAGGUGAGAAGCAGAGGAAGGAGAGGAGAGGGGCACAGGGUCUCCACCAUCCCCUGUAGAGUGGGAGCUGAGCGGGGGAUCACAGCCUCUGAAAACCAAUGUUCUCUGUUCUCCACCUCCCACAAAGGAGAGCUGGCAGCAGGGAGGGCUUCUGCCAGUGCUGAGAUCAAAACUGUUUUACUGCAGCUUUGUUUGUUGUCAACCGAACCUGGGUAACUAGGAAGAUAAUAUUAAGGAAGACAAUGUGAAAAGAAAAAUGAGCCCGGCAAGAAUGCAUUUUAACUUGGUUUUUAAAAAACUGCUGACUGUUUUCUCUUGAGAGGGUGGAAUAGCCAAUAUUCGCUGUGUCAGCAUAGAAGUAACUUACUUAGGUGUGGGGGAAGCACCAUAACUUUGUUUAGCCCAAAACUAAGUCAAGUGAAAAAGGAGGAAGAGAAAUAAUAUUUUUCCUGCCAGGCACGGUGGUUCACGCCUGUAAUCCCAGCACUCUGGGAGGUCGAGGCGGGAGGAUCACUUGAGUCCAGGAGUUUGAGACCAGCCUGGGCAAUGUGGUAAAACCUCAUCUCUACAAAAAGCAUAAAAAUUAGCCAGGUAUGGUAGAGUGCACCUGAAGUCCCAGUUAGUUGGGAGGCUGAGGUGGGAGGAUCUCUUGAGCCUGGGAGGUCAAGGCUGCAGUGAGCCGAGAUUGCACCACUGCACUCCAGCCUGGGUGACUGAGCAAGUGAGACCCUGUCUCAAAAAAGAAAAGAAAAAAUAUUUUCCCUAUUAGAGAAGAGAUUGUGGUUUCAUUGUGUAUUUUGUUUUUGUCUUAAAAGUGGAAAAAUAGCCUGCCUCUUCUCUACGCUAGGGAAAAACCAGCGUGUGACUACUCCCCCAGGCGGUUAUGGAGAGGGCGUCCGGUCCCUGUCCCAGUGCUGAGAAGGGAGCCUCCCACGACUACCCGGCAGGGUCCUAGAAAUUCCCCACCCUGAAAGCCCUGAGCUUUCUGCUAUCAAAGGGGGAGGUUUUAAAAAAAAUCCCUUACCUCGGUGCCUUCCUCUUUUUAUUUAGCUCCUUGAGUUGAUUCAGCUCUGCAAGAAUUGAAGCAGAACUACAUGUCUAAUUGUAACACCGUGAUUAACCACUUCAGCUGACUUUUCUGCCCGAGCUUUGAAAAUUCAGUGGUGUUAGUGGUUACCCAGUUAGCUCUCAAGUUAUCAGGGUACUCCACAGUGGGGAUACGAUUUAAAUCAGCCAUGUAACCAUGGACCCAAAAUUUACCAGACCACAAAACCUUUCUAAUACUCUACCCUCUUAGAAAAACAGCCACCAUCACCAGACAGGUGCAAAAGGAGGAAAGUGACCAUGUUUUGUUUACGGUUUUCCAGGUUUAAGUUAACUGUCUUCAGCAAGCCGUGCUUUUCAUUGCUGGGUUGGUUUGUAGAUUUUAGACCCUAUUGCUGCUUGAGGCACCUCAUCUUAAGUUGGCAAAAGGGCAGGAUGGCUGGGUGUGGUGGCUUACGCCUGUAAUUUAGCACUUUGGGAGGCCGAGGUGGGAGGAUUGCUUGAGCUCAGGAAUUUGAGACCAACCUGGGUAACAUAGUGAGAUACCAUCUCUAUUAUAAACAAUAACAUUUAAGAAAAAAAAAAAGGCAGGCAGGUGGUUAUAGUGGUUCCCUCCCAUCCUGCCACAUAAAGUUUCUGAGACUUGAGAACAGCAAAAAUGCUGUUAAAGGGAAAUAUUAAGAAUGAGAAUCUGCAUGAAGGGUGAUUAUGUGCCCACAGUUAAUUCUUUAUACCGUUUUACCCACAUGUGGUAUUACCGAAGCCGGGCAGAACCAUGCUAGCGGAAGAUGUGAAAUUCAGAUAGCUCAUUAUUGCCAAGAGCUAGGCAGCUUUGAUCUCCAAAUUGUUAUUGCUUUCAUUUUUAUUGUAAUGGAACUGCUUUUUUUUUUUUUUUUUUGCUUUUUUUUCUUUGUUUUGUUUUUGUAUUGAAGAGGGUUUUUUCCCCUUUAUUUUUCAUAAGCUACUGUAAAUGAAGAAAAAGUGUCUUCUCUGGGCUGUAGGCCUGGCUCAGUGUACACAGGUAUACAUCCUAAGCUCUCUCUGUUCUCUAAUUUGUGGUGACUGAAUAUGUGUCUCAAUCCACGGGGCACUUCUACCUGUAUUUCUGCAGCACCCCUACUGCCUUGAGUCCCCAGCAGUGCUGUUAUUUGCCUAAUACCUGUAGCCAUCUGCCACACAGCCAGACAUGAAACGCUGGGACAGAGACCAUUUAGAUUAAAUACGACAGCUUAUCUUGCUGGGUGGGGAAAGUAAAAAAUAUGCUGGUUCAAGGUCUAAAGUAAAAUGAUAAAUAAUGUUUGUAGCAUUAAUGAAAUAUUUUCAAGAAAUGUGUCUGGGGGUAGAUUGGCUAUGCUGACGAGGCCUUUGGUAACUCAGAAAGCUCUUGGCCCUGAUGGCGACUUGCCCUUGCACUUUCUUUAUCAGGCUCUGAGCUCACACGGAGCCUCUGGCAUUUCCCUGCAGUCUCGGGAGAACGGAAACUGGUUGUGGCGGCAGGGUGUGGAAUCUGCUGCUGGAACCAGGCUGGAAGCCCACCUGGUAGUGAACAGGGCCCAGCGGGGCAGGCUAGGAGUGUUGUGGUCUAUGGGUUGUUUCCUGGAGAAUGUUCAGGAAUGUCUUCUUGGCUGCUUUGGUGCUGAGCUCUGUUAUCUCACAGCACGUCCUGAAGGCUAACCCAGGUGGGGAGGAUGCGGACACCAGCUCCAGGUGGAGUUGGUGAGAAAUCUGUCUUAACUUGGAGAUACAGGGGCAACCUGUGACCCUUUGAGGCAAGAGCCCUGCACCCAGCUGUCCCGUGCAGCCGUGGGCAGGGGGCUGCACAUGGAGGGGCAGGCGGGCCAGUUCAGGGUCUGUGCUAGGCCCUCCCCAGUGCCCUGUAAGGGCCCUUCAGCCUCCUGUCCUCUGUGCGGCUGGGCGCCAGCACCAGGGAGUUUCUAUGGCAACCUUAGUGAUUAUUAAGGAACAUUGUCAGUUUUAUGAACAUAUGCUCAAAUGAAAUUCUACUUUAGGAGGAAAGGAUUGGAACAGCAUGUCGCAAGGCUGUUAAUUAACAGAGAGACCUUAUUGGAUGGAGAUCACAUCUGUUAAAUAGAAUACCUCAACUCUACGUUGUUUUCUUGGAGAUAAAUAAUAGUUUCAAGUUUUUGUUUGUUUGUUUUACCUAAUUACCUGAAAGCAAAUACCAAAGGCUGAUGUCUGUAUAUGGGGCAAAGGGUCAGUAUAUUUCUCAGUGUUUUUUUUCUUUUACAAGCUAUUUUGCAUUUAAAGUGAACAUUGUAAAUGUUUGUAAUAAAUAAUUUUUUAAAAUACA